AUGGGUUUAAAAUUAAACCAGAAGUUCCACGCUCCUCUUUUGAAAAAAAAACAAUUCCCAAGAAAGGCUUCUCUGCUUGAAAAGCCAGGAAAGAUUAGAAUUAGAAGGAAAGGGUGAUUGAGAGAUUUUCCCAAUUCGAUUCCGAAAGGGCUAAACUCUUUUUUAUUAGCAAGUGUUAUUUGUACGUAUGUAAUGCAUCACAAGAAAUCUGAACUUCAGAUCGGGAAAGAAAGCAGCGGCGUCUCUUCCGAUUUCAAUCCUAAACCCUCCACCGUUCAUCAUCAACUCCCACUUCAUCACCUUCAGAAGCAUUUUAAUUACCAUCAUCGUUUACAACAGCAAUCCGAUGCAACAGCGGCGGAAACGGUCACCGGCACCACACCGAUUUCGGUUUUCCCUCAGAUAAUUACCCAGAACCCUCCAGAAAAUGGCACAAUUGCUCCUCCUCCUCCAUCUUCUUCCUCUUCUCCGACCCCUUACAAGAGACCCCUUUUGACCCAGACGCGUUCUCUUACCAAAUCCCCUACUUUGUACCGCUUUACGACGCCCCGUCAUUUCAAUUCCCAAAAUACCACUUCUUUUUUUUCCUUCUCCGUUGCUGCUAAAUCCUUCGUUUAUAGGAUUCUCCGUCGUUUCAAGAACCUACGUCGUCUCCGAGUUCACCUACGUUUAAUCCUUCUUUUAUCUCUUCCUUUCUUCUACUUCUUAGUUUCGCACCCAAGCCACUCUUUUUUACUCGACUUCCUAUCCGCUUUUGCUUUCUCAGCUGCCCUUCUUUUUUCCCUUAACCUUGCCCUCCCACGCCUCCCUUCAAUUCGUUUGUUCUUAUCCCGUUCCUUUCCAAUUAAGCUCAAAUCGUCAUCUUCACUCUCAAGGUCUCAUUUUCCAGUGUUAUGGUCAGUUGGGUCUCGACCAAAAUCCGAAAAGAGAGCAAAUUCGGGGUGUUGGGUUCAAGUUUAUAGCAACGGAGACAUUUAUGAAGGGGAGUUUCAUAAGGGGAAGUGUUCAGGGAGUGGCGUAUAUUACUAUUAUAUGAGUGGACGAUACGAGGGCGAUUGGGUGGAUGGGAAGUAUGACGGCUAUGGGGUUGAAACGUGGGCUAGAGGAAGCCGGUAUCGUGGACAGUAUAGGCAGGGUCUUAGGCAUGGAUUUGGGGUCUAUAGGUUCUAUACUGGGGAUGUUUAUGCAGGAGAGUGGUUGAAUGGGCAGAGCCAUGGCUGUGGAAUUCAUACAUGUGAGGAUGGAAGUCGAUAUGUUGGGGAAUUCAAAUGGGGAGUCAAGCAUGGACUUGGCCAUUACCAUUUUAGGAAUGGAGAUACAUAUGCUGGGGAAUAUUUUGCAGACAAGAUGCAUGGAUUUGGUGUCUAUUGUUUUGCAAAUGGCCAUAGGUACGAGGGGGCUUGGCAUGAGGGUAGACGACAAGGGCUUGGAAUGUAUACAUUUCGAAACGGGGAAACACAAUCUGGACAUUGGCAAAAUGGCAUUCUUGAUGUCCCAAGUACACAGAGCACUUCAUAUCCCGUAUCUCCUGUUGCUGUUUAUCAUUCUAAAGUGCUAAAUGUGGUGCAGGAGGCUCGAAGGGCAGCAGAGAAAGCUUAUGAUGUGGCAAAGGUAGAUGAGAGAGUAAACAAGGCAGUAGCUGCAGCUAAUAGAGCAGCUAAUGCAGCAAGAGUGAUAGCAGUUAAAGCAGUACAAAAGCAAAUGCAUCAUAAUAACGGUGACAGCAUUCCCAUUGUGUGAACUUUCUAACAAUGGCUCAUUUACUUUUGAAAAUGCAUUAGAUAGCAGCAAGCAGCAAGAGACUGAUGGCUAAUGCGACUUUACUUUCAAAUAGCUUUGUGUUUUAUACUGUCGUCUACUUGCAGUCUUGGUUCUUUCAUCAAGAGACUGUAGUUUUUAAUUUGCUUGAACGAAGGGUAAAAGAAUGUUCAAUCCAUUUUAACAUAAAAGCCUGUAUACAUGCUGGGAAGAAAAUCCUUUGCAUAGAAGAGAAGAGAAGAGGUGGAGAAAGAUGGUGAUGGCACCUUUUUCUAAUUAUUUUUUAGCUUUCCUUUCUUGUUACGGUUUUGUAAAGAUGAGUUAAGAUGUAAUAUAUAAGUGCUGGUGAGCAGGUGAAACCUCAUCCAGUCAAUGUUGUAUUUGAACUUAUUUGGUUCUUUCAAUGAAGAAAAUCAUGCUAUAUGCCAUGUUUUUUUUAAA